UCACGCACGGACGCUUGAACCAACGCAGCAGCACAGACCGUUUUUCACAGACUGUUUUCCAGCAAAGUCCCCGCGGUCCCGGAGAAAGGAAGGAAGGAGUAAAGAAAAAAAUAAUGUUUAAAUCCUGACUAAAAAUCGAAUGGAUUGGCGAUCUAUUCUGUGAGAGCUAAUACGAUUAGAGGAGUGUAGUCUUGAUACUGUCAUUGCAGACAUGGCUCUUGGUCGCGGUAUGGCACCUUUCUGUCAGUUCCUCGGGGAGUGUUUCCCCUGUCAGUCCUUCGCCGCUACUGGAAAUGGCGUUGAGAUGCUGCUGAACAAGGAAGACGCAGUGAAGGCAGACGCUGCCAGGGAAUAAACUACUACGAAUAUAUGAUUACCUAUGUUUUUCUUUGGGUUGGAUUCUUAGUAGCGGUGGACAAUACCAUGGUGAAUUACCAGAAAUAUAUUACUGUUAUGCAGCUGGCUCUGGGGGUGACCUCCUACAACAAAGAACAUCAUCUUCCUCCCAGGAAAUCGUUGUGGAUUCACCCCAGCCUCCUCCACCCCGGCAAUCUCCCACACGGCAGAGCCAGCCGGGGUCAAGGCCUAGGUCAGGGACACGGACACGGACACGGUCACGGGCUAGGACACGGGAGCGGCUCGAUCUCUGCAUCAUCGUCUGUGAGCAGCAUACAUCAGGCCAAGCCUUCGCUACGCAGGAUCAAAGGACGCAUCCACAGGAGCAAGAGCCUGGACAGCAUCGACCUGCUGGACUCCAACAGUGCAGCUAUGGAGGAGACCGUCAUAUGGGAACAGCACACUGUAACUCUACACAGGGCACCAGGGUUUGGCUUUGGGAUAGCCAUCUCGGGAGGUCGAGAUAACCCUCAUUUCCAGAGUGGUGAGACCUCCAUCGUCAUCUCCGACGUCCUGAAGGGAGGUCCAGCCGAGGGCCUACUGCAGGAGAAUGACAGAGUCACGAUGGUCAACACUGUCUCCAUGGACAACGUGGAACAUGCAUACGCAGUCCAGCAACUACGGAAAAGUGGCAAGAAUGCUAAAAUUACGAUCAGACGGAAGCGGAAGGUGCAUGUACCCAUGGGUCGGCUGGGGGAGAGGGCGACCAUGUCGGAGCAUGAUGAUGAGGAGGAGGAUGAGGAAGAUAGCUACGACGAGGAGAUAUACGAGACGCGCUCCGCACGCAGCGGCCCCAGCGCCUACAGCGCCGUGGGUGGGGCCUCGGCCCGGCGCAGCGGGAGGAGCGCCGGAAGGCGGGACAAGGACAGAGAGCGGGAACGCAGUGGCUCACGGGAGAGGAGUCUCUCCCCGCGCGCCGACCGGCGCUCGCUCAACCAGCCCCCGCGGCCCGCCAAAGUCACCCUCGUAAAGUCCCGAAAGAAUGAAGCAGAAUAUGGCCUUCGCCUGGCCAGCCACAUCUUCGUGAAGGACAUCUCACCCGAGAGCCUGGCGGCCAGGGACGGAAACAUACAGGAAGGGGACGUAGUACUGAAGAUUAACGGCACGGUGACAGAAAACCUGUCGUUGAUAGAUGCUAAGAAGCUGAUUGAGAGGUCAAAGGGCAAGUUAAAGAUGGUGGUGCAGAGAGACGAGAGAGCUACGCUGCUGAACAUACCAGACCUGGACGACAGCAUCCCAUCAGCCAACGCCUCCGACAGAGACGGUGAGGGACACUACAUAGACAUUUCAGAUAUCCAUUCGGUGGCGUCCGACCAUUCCAACCGAUCCCAUGACAGACAUCGUAGCGGGCGGUCGCGCUCCCCUGAUAGACGGUCUGAACCCUCCGACCACUCCAGACACUCCCCUCCACAGAUCAGCAACGGCAGUCACAGAAGUCGUGAGGAGGAGGAGAGGAUCUCGAAGCCGACAGCGGUGCCACCCAAGCUAGCAGAAGAGGCUCCUGCCCUGCCCAAACCCCUGGAGAAGUCUGUCACCAGGGAGGAGAAACCGGUCCCUCCUCUACCAGAACCCAAGCCAGUAUAUGCCCAGCCAGGCCAGCCUGAUGUGGACCUGCCAGUCAGCCCCGCUGAUGCCCCUGUGCCCAGCGCUGCUCAUGAUGACAGCAUCCUACGGCCGAGUAUGAAGCUGGUGAAGUUUAAGAAGGGGGAGAGUGUGGGUCUGAGGCUGGCAGGGGGGAACGAUGUGGGCAUCUUUGUAGCAGGAGUCCUGGAGGAUAGCCCAGCAGCUAAGGAGGGUCUGGAGGAGGGGGACCAAAUUCUCAGGGUUAAUAAUGUGGAUUUUGCUAAUAUAAUCCGAGAAGAGGCGGUGCUGUUCCUCCUUGACCUCCCUAAAGGUGAAGAGGUCACCAUCCUGGCCCAGAAGAAGAAGGAUGUGUACCGGCGAAUCGUGGAGUCUGAUGUGGGCGACUCGUUCUACAUCCGGACCCACUUUGAGUAUGAGAAGGAGUCUCCGUACGGCCUGAGCUUCAACAAGGGAGAGGUGUUCAGAGUGGUGGACACCCUGUACAACGGCAAGCUGGGCUCCUGGCUGGCCAUCCGCAUCGGGAAGAACCACCAGGAGGUGGAGAGAGGCAUUAUACCUAACAAGAACAGAGCGGAGCAGCUGUCCAGCAUGCAGUACACCCUCCCUAAGACAGCAGGGGGCGACAGGGCAGACUUCUGGAGGUUCAGGGGCCUGAGGAGCUCCAAAAGGAACCUGAGGAAAAGCAGAGAGGACCUGUCGGCCCAGCCCGUACAGACCAAGUUUCCCGCUUACGAGAGGGUGGUGCUGAGAGAGGCUGGUUUCCUCAGACCUGUGGUGGUAUUUGGACCCAUCGCAGACGUGGCACGUGAGAAAAUCUCCCGGGAGGAGCCUGAUCUGUUUGAACUUGCAAAGAGUGAACCUAGAGACGCAGGUACAGACCAGCGUAGUUCAGGAAUCAUCCGUCUCCACACCAUCAAGCAGAUCAUCGACAGAGAUAAACAUGCAGUCCUGGACAUCACCCCCAACGCGGUGGAUCGUCUGAACUACGCCCAGUGGUAUCCCAUCGUGGUGUUCCUCAACCCGGACAGCAAGCAGGGGGUCAAGAACAUGAGAACCAGGCUCUGUUCUGAGUCCAGGAAGUCAGCCCGGAAACUCUACGAGAGAGCCUUGAAAUUAAGGAAGAACAACCACCAUCUCUUCACCACUACCAUCAACAUGAACAACAUGAACGAUGGCUGGUACGGAGCUCUGAAGGAGACGAUCCAGCAGCAACAGAACCAGUUGGUCUGGGUGUCAGAGGGCAAGGCGGACGGUGCGCCGGACGAUGACCUUGACAUCCAUGAUGACCGUCUGUCAUAUCUGUCAGCCCCGGGCAGUGAGUACUCCAUGUACAGCACGGACAGCCGCCACACUUCUGACUACGAGGACACGGACACAGAGGGCGGGGCCUACACUGACCAGGAACUAGACGAGACGCUCAAUGACGAGGUUGGCCUGCCCACAGAGCCAGCCAUCACCCGCUCCUCAGAGCCAGUCAGAGAGGAUCCGCCAGUCAUCCAGGACCCCUCGUCUGGUGGUUACUCUGGAUACCAGCAUGACCCGGCCAACUGCAUCGACCCGUCCGGGUUCAAGAUAUCCGCCACUCCUCAGCAGCAAGAUGAUGCUGCUCUGGCUAUUCCUUCCUCUCUGCUGGCUGCGGCGGUGGCGCCCCCUGCUGUUGAGGUUGAGUCACAGCAGCCUGUGCUGCAGCUAGAGGGUAUGACCCCUGACCUGGAGGAGGAGGCUCCAGUUGCAGCUCCUCAGGCUGCAGACUCACUUCUUAGCAGCCCCAGUCCCGCCCCUACUGAGCUAGCCCUGCCCCCAGCACCACCAUCACUCGAACCCCAACACCUGUCUCAAUCGCAGCUCGGCCCUGGUCCUGAACCCAAGAUGUACAAGAAGGAUCUGUACAGUCUGGAGGAACCAGUGAGAGUGAACCACAGCGGCAUGAAGUCAUCUCUGAGCUACACCCAGCAGCCCUACCAGGACAAACAGCCAUACCGCCAGUAUGACCACCCGCAUUAUGCCUUCUGUAGCGACAGGGGCGGCUACGCCGAACCAAAGCCUCACCAGGGGAACUUUGACUCUCACCUGCACUACGACAACCGUGUGCCUCAGAACUACGAUGAUGGCCGGUGGCCCCCCUACGACCAGCAGACCUCUUCUCCCCAGCCCCCGGGGUACCAGCCUGGCCCGGUCCACCAGCAGGGUUACACCCCCAGGGGGACCACCCCCUAUGAGGACGGCCCCGUCAGGGACUACAGCCCCCCACAACCCCGCUACGAUGAGGCACCGGCGGGGAUGCAGGGCUACGAUGGCAAGCCUCGUCACGGUAAACCUCCAGGGCCAAUGCGGUAUGAUGAACCGUCUCUCCCGCCCUCGGCUGGCCCUUACGACGCCUGCUCUCCCUACGAGCCCGAGCCCCCUCACGGCUACUGCCUCAGCUCUCCCCGCUCCCCGGACCCCCCCAAGCAGUAUUACGGAGACUCUGCUCCUGGCCUGAGACCCUCCUAUAACCCGGUGCCUCCCAACCGGGGCGGCGGCUACAACCGUGAACCUCUAAUGACCUCUGACCCGCCCCUUCCUCCUCACAAACCUGAGCCCUUGGCCUCCCCGGGAGAGAUGGGGGUAAACGCGGGGUCCAAACCCCUCCCUCCACCGCCCCGGGGGGAGGAGGAAAGGGACGACCCAGCCAUGAAGCCCCAGUCGGUGCUCAACAGGGUCAAGAUGUUUGAGAAUAAGAGGUCAGUGUCUGUGGACCGGGCCAAGGAGGCUGGCGACUCCACCGUGAUGAGGCCUGCGGACCUGCCCAGACCUAUGACUGCACCUGGCCCUGUCCCCAAAGCCAACUCCCUCAGCAACCUGGAGCAGGAGAAACCUACUUCCAGAGCCCCUGAGCCCCAGAAUCCCCCUGGGUCUAAACCCCUGGAUGACGUGGCCCACUCCUCCAACCACUACGAUGCUGAUGAGGAUGAGGAGUAUUACAGGAAGCAGCUGUCCUACUUUGACCGGCGCAGCUUCGACAGCAAGGCCAUGAACCCCACCCCCGGGAUCAACCGCUUCCCACCACAGACCCAGCUAGCUUACCCUUACAACAGGACGGAGUCUGUGGAGAAGGUGAGUCCGGUAGAGAGGUACGAUCCGCUCCCCCAGAUCAGUCCUGUCUCCCAAUACGGACCCCCCAGCCCUGCCGUACCACCCAACAGCCUGCCCAAACUCACCACCAAUGAUGUGAACUCACAGCCCGACCAGCUCCUCAGCGCCUCUCCCAAACACGAUCUCUCCGGCCUUCGCCCCUCUACCCUCCAGGAUCUCCCUUCCCAGCCCUACCUGGCCCAGAGGUCCCCAGUGGGGGUCAACGGCACCGACGCACCCCCAAAAACCCCUGGAACCACCCCCGCCCCACAAAGCUACAACCGAUACGUCCCUAAGCCGUACACCUCCUCGGCCCGGCCCUUCGAGAGGAAGUUUGAGAGCCCCAAGUUCAACCACAACCUCCUCCCCAACGACCUCCUGAUCAGUAGCAGCAACCCCAAACCCAGUGUGGUCAACAACAACAGCAGGACCAAGCCUCCGCUGUCUCCUCAGGCCCUGGACCACGACAGUGGGCUGGACACGUUCACACGCACCAUGGACAACAGGGGGCCCAAGUACCAGCAGCACAACAACCUAGUCAACAAUGCUGUUCCCAAGGCCAUACCUGUCAGUGUUCUGGGGGAUGAUGAGGAGGAUGAAGGUCACACAGUGGUGGCCACGGCCCGGGGGAUCUUUAACUGUAACGGCGGGGUGCUGAGCUCCAUUGAGACGGGAGUCAGCAUCAUCAUCCCCCAGGGAGCCAUCCCCGACAGCGUAGAACAGGAGAUCUACUUCAAGGUCUGCAGGGACAACAGCAUCCUGCCCCCCCUGGACAAGGAGAAAGGAGAGACCCUGCUCAGCCCUCUGGUGAUGUGUGGCCCUCACGGCCUCAAGUUCCUGAAGCCGGUGGAGCUGCGGCUACCUCACUGUGCGUCUAUGACCCCCGAUGGCUGGUCUUUUGCUCUAAAAUCCUCCGACUCCUCGUCGGGUGACUCCAAGACAUGGCAGAACAAGUCUCUCCCAGGAGACCCCAACUACCUGGUGGGAGCCAACUGUGUGUCUGUGCUCAUUGACCACUUCUGAACAUAGAGGGAGACAGCUGGCCUGUUACUGAAUGUGUUAGAGCAGGGGGCAGCCACAGACUGAAACGUUGCCCUCCUCUCCUGCUGCUGUGACCACCUUGCCCCGUUGUCCACCUCCCAGGCAGCAGGGGGCAGCACUGCUUGACUUGAUGAAGCACGAACUUGAUUCUUGAAUAUUGAACAUUGAUGCGUUGUUUACUGCGCCCCCCCCCCCAAAAAAAAUUAACUCAGCAAGGUAGGAGGCCCAUUGAAGUGGGAGGAGUCUCAACGUAGCAUCCUAUCCCAGUGCUGUGCUCUCCCCCCCCCCCUCCCCCUCUCCCCCCUCCUCCUUUUUUUGGUGCUUUAACUAAAGGCUUGCAAAAAAUAAAAACUUUUAAAAACUAAAAUAUAUUAUAUUUAAAAAAUUGAGCUGUUGGAAUGCAUGAACAGUACCACAGACUGACUGAAGAAUAAUCUCAUUUUGACAUUUUUAGCCAUUUUUUUUUUUUAAACCAAGUCUGCGCAAAUUGCAAGAAAAAUAACAUUUUUGAAAAAAUUCUAGAUAAGGAGAAUUCUUGAGGAAAAAAAAUCAUUUGAAUAUUGCAACGGAAAUUUUCCAAUUUAAUGUAUGCACUCACAAACAAAAAAGUCGAUAUAUGCAAAAACGUUUUUUGUUUGUGAGGUUGUCUGUGGUCAUGCGUUUCUCUCUUGAAGGAUAGCUAAGGAUUUGCAGAUGAUCUCAUCUCAACAAGGGUUAUGAAGGAAGAUUGGAGAUUAAGUACUGUAGGCGUCAUUUAUGAAGGUAUAAUACUGAAGACUGAAGGUAAAGUAUUGGCAUUGGAUGCCCCUGUUUGGUUGGUCAAAUGGGAUUUCUCUCCAUGUUUAGAAGAAGUGAAUAUUUUGUAGUUAUGUUUUACCGUAGAUACAUGUAACUGACUUGAUUUGACAAACUCCUGCAGCUGUCUACAUCUCUAUGCAUGUGCUAUGACUCAGGUCCAGAAGCCUGCUUACUACUAAGUUCAAACACAUUAAAAGUCCCAUCUUACACUGCAAGCAGUGCUGCCUUAUAUGCAUAGUAACUUUUUUUUUCAGUAUAAAGACUUACUUAAAAACAGAUAUUUUUAAGUUGUAGUGAUUGAUCAAUUAUGGAAGUAAAAAAAAAAAGUAGCAUUUCUCUGCAUUUUCAACCCAUUAUAUCAGUGAACUUGGAUUUAGCAUACCAUAAUAUUUGAGGCUGAUUGAAGCGGUAAUGCUUUCUUUUCCUGCUAUGCAUAUUGAAGUUUGAGAAAAUACUAAACAAAAACAUGUUUAAAUUGUGGCUGUACAUAAUGCUAGCAUAUGGCCUUGGUUCGCUGUAAAUUAACUUUUCUACAUUUGUUAUUUUGUAUAAAAGUUUUUUUUAAAAAGCGAGAGAAAGUGAUGAUUUAAUUGGUUGUGUUUGUAUUCUGGUUAUACAUACCUACCGUGAGCCUUGGAACUGACCUACAGUAAGCAGUAAUAAAAUCCAACUUUUCUACCAUCAUACAUACCCACACAACACUACUACUUAAAAGGAAUUUCUAACAAUCAGAAAUAACAUUUUUUUUCUUAUUUACAAAAAAAAAAAUAGAAAAAGUGCUUGUUUUAAAUCAUUUUAAAAGAUCUGUACUUGAGGGGAGCUGCUUUAAGGAGCCGGUCCCUCUCCAUUUGUGAUGCUGAAAGCUCCGUUCUACUGAAAUGUAUUUUUGUACUAAUAGACUAUUUAUUAUGGCAUAUACGUACUAUUUUAUUUUGAUAUGAUGAUAACACACUAGUUUUCUUUUUCCUGUGUGGCUGACAUUAUUUAUUUGAGUUUUAUUUACGUUAAAUGUUUUGUUCUUUGCAACACAUUUCUAAGUAUAACACUGUAUUAAUACAUAAAAUAAUUUUAAAAGUAGUGCUUGGUUUGAGACUUCAAUCGUGAGAAGAGAGUACAUUAUUGAGUAGGAUGCUUCUAAUACACACUGAUCUGACUGUAGGUGUGUCUCGCUUAACAGAUUGGUGUGUAUAUUUUUCAGCUUGCUAAUCUUUGGAUGCAAAUGCAUGUCUGGAGAUCCAUUACAGUAAUAAGAUAUUUCAAUCAUCUACAAUUCAUGUUGCAAUUCCUUUCGGUCUCCAAGCCUUUUACUCGUGGCGUCAAGUGUCUCAUAUGGUGAAUGAAUGGUGUACAAAGGUUACAGAUUGUCUGGUGUCUUCUCACUCUCAAUGAUCUCAUCAGGGUCCAAAAGGGGAUAAACUAUACUGAGCGAAAAUAUAAACAACAUGUAAAAGUGUUGGUCCUAUGUUUUUCAUGAGCUGAAAUAAAAAUGAUCCCAGAAAUGUU